AUGCAAGAGAGCGCGCAAAGAAGCGGCAGCGUGUGCACAGGACAGGACGCCCAUGGCAAUAGCAGAGGCUCGAGUAAAGGCCGCCACGUGAAUGGCGAGCUCCCAGCUGCACGACGCGGCGGCGCACGCUGCUGCUACCCGCCUGUAAGGGUUCGCUCGCCGUAUCGUAAGCAGCGCCUGGGUGACUUGCAGCAGUGGGCGAGUGCUGCACGCACCCGGCGCCGGAGACGAGCGGGCAAAUGGGAGGCGUCGUGGAGCUGCGCAGUGAUGGCUGAUGGCUGA